UGACAGGAGUGUCCUGCUAACAUUGCAGUGCACUCUAAAAACAUGACUUAAAAGUCGUGCAAUGUGACUCUUUUUUCAAAUUUAUUUCAUUUAUUCCUAGUGCCAUGUAUUUAUCAUUUAGUUCUAGUAUACGGUGCGUGAAAAAAUGACGGUUCCUACAAAAAUCGCGAUAUCAAAAGUGUACAACUUUACUCAAGCCUCCAUCUACAAAAAAUAUAAAAAUUUCUUCUUUGUGCUGCUUAUUAUUUCUAUAUUUAUCGCCCUCUCGGUUCCUUUGGCGAAUUUUACUAGUGAUGUGACUAAAAAUUAUGAAAGAAUUGAUUUUAGGAACCUAAAAAAUCUACCUCUAGUGAAAUUGACUAAUAGUGUUAGUAUAGUGACUCCUAGAAACUCCCAGUGUACACAUUGGGACUGCUUUAACAUUUAUCGCUGUGGCCAUACAGGACAUGAUAGGAUAGCAGUGUAUGUGUAUCCACUUAGAAAAUAUGUGGAUGAACAUGGGGUACCUGCUACAGAGCAUUUAUCCAAAGAAUAUUAUUAUUUACUUAAUACUGUGAUCAAAUCAAAAUACUACACGGCUAACCCUGAGGAGGCCUGUAUAUUUAUUCCAUCCAUAGAUACUCUCAACCAAGAUAGGCUAAGAUUAAAUCUUACUUCCAGAGCCCUAAGUUCCCUUCCAUAUUGGAGAGGGGGCGAAAACCACCUUAUCUUUAACAUGGUUGCUGGAAGUACUCCAGAUUUUUCAACAGUGGUAGAACUGGACGUCGGUAAGGCGAUUAUAGCUGGCGCCGGAUUCGACACUUACUCAUUUCGUGAAAGAUUUGACAUUUCAUUACCUGUGUUCAGUCUUAUGGGAAAAUCAGCAGCAGUUAAAGAUACAUUAUACGAAAGAUCGUGGCUAGUCACUUCAUCGCAGCUCAACGUAGAUCCAUAUUUCCUUACGGAGCUUCAAAAACUUCGUUACCAUCAUCACGAUUACCUAUUAAUACUCGACGCUUGCCACCGACAUAGAUACACUCAAAGAUGUGACAUCGAAACCGGAAAAACUUUCGAAUAUCCUCAAGUAUUAAAAGAAUCCAUAUUCUGUCUUGUUUUUCGAGGCGAAAGAAUGGGACAAUUCGUUCUAUUGGAAGCGAUGGCUGCCAAUUGUAUACCUGUGAUAGUUGCCGACGGUCACGUGAUGCCUUUUCGGAAUAUCAUCGACUGGAAGAGGUUUUCCGUAUUUAUAAUGGAAAGCCACCUUAGUACUUUAAUGGAUGUCUUGAAUAAUAUUUCAGACAAGAGAAUAAGGCAAAUGCAACAAAAUCUGCUUUAUAUUUAUCAAAAAUAUUUCUCGAGUAUGAAGAACAUUGUUAUGACAACGCUCGAUAUUUUACAAGAUAGGGUAUAUCCUCAUCUUGGCAAGACAUACGAUGAACUUAAUCUAAAACCUGAUGAAAUUAACAACAAUCCUUUAUUCUUUCCAAUGACGUCACCGAAGUCUCAUGGAUUUUCGGCUGUAAUUUUAACGUACGAUAGAGUAGAAAGUCUUUUUACGCUAAUAGAGAGAUUAUCAAAAGUUCCUAGUUUAAUGAAGAUCAUAGUUGUAUGGAAUAACCAAAGGAAAAGCCCCCCUCCACUGUCAGAAUUUCCAAAAAUUCAGAAACCAGUGAAUGUAAUAAGAACACAUGCGAAUAAGUUAUCGAAUCGCUUUUAUCCAUAUAAAGAGAUUGAAACGGAGGCAGUUUUACAUAUAGAUGAUGAUAUUGUUAUGCUAACAUCCGACGAAGUUGAAUUUGCUUAUGAAGUCUGGAGAGAAUUUCCAGAUCGAAUAGUGGGUUUUCCUUCAAGAACUCAUAUUUGGGAUAACGUAACUCAAAUGUGGAAAUACGAAUCCGAAUGGACUAAUGAAAUAUCGAUGGUACUCACUGGGGCAGCUUUUUUACAUAAAUACUGGAGUUUCUUAUAUACAAAUUAUAUGCCUGUAGAAGUAAAAGAUUGGGUUGAUGAACACAUGAACUGUGAGGAUAUUGCGAUGAACUUUUUAGUGGCCAAUAUUACGAAUAAGCCACCCAUAAAGGUGACUCCAAGAAAAAAAUUCAAAUGCCCUGAAUGUGCUAGUAACGAAAUGCUAUCGGCCGAUUUGGGGCAUAUGGUUGAACGUUCCCAAUGCAUAUCCAGGUUCGAAAAAGCUUUCGGAAGAAUGCCUCUAAAAUCUGUGGAAUUCCGAGCCGAUCCUGUACUGUUCAAAGAUCCAUUCCCAGAAAAAUUGAAACGCUUUAACGAUAUAGGCAGCUUAUAAUUAACGUUCACACUUUCAUUUCGAUUAUUGUAGAUAACUUGUACAUACUGUAAAUAUUUUUAUUGUUGUACUGAUUUUUGACCAGGGUUAUAUAUUUUUUAUAUGUUGUAUUCUUUUUUAUUGUCCCUUGUUUGUAUAUGUUGUACAUUUGGAAUAUAAAUUAUAUAUUAUUUAAUUUCACGGA